AUGGAAGGUGGCGAAGGGAGCAGUAAUGGACGUCUUCGUCGGAGCCAGAAGCCGAAGCGACAAUUGCAGAAGAGAGCAUCAAGGGGAAUAACGUUCGAGAGAAGUGUAGAAAAUCUCUCUAGAGCAGGGAGAGAGACACUUGCAUUGAUGAACCGAACACGUCAAAUAUUGUUGAACAGUAUUCCACACAAUUUGUGUGCUGUCUUCGAUAACUCUUGUCUUCAUUACCGUUGGAUUCGCUCUGGUUGGCUCGUAGAGGAGCGCCAAAAGCUGGCCGGCCGACUCUAUCGGUACUAUUAUGAUCCAAUGGGGCAAAUGUACCGUUUCAGACAUGAAGUGGAGACUAUAUACCGAACUAUUGAUGAAAACAAUCGCGUUGUAAUCAUCCUCGACGAUUAA